GCGCCAGACUGCGGUCGAAGAUGCGUCGCCCGUUUCUUUCAUCUCAUUCGGCCGGAGUUCGGUCUCUAGGACGAACGGUGACGAGCGCCACUGCCGCCCUCUUCGGUUCGUGAUGGGUUGUUGAUUCGACGCUGGUGACAUUCCUCCGCUGGUGACAUCGCGUGAUUCUGCGUCUGACAAAAAAUAUAUCGCCCCCCUUCGGUGAUCCGGAAGAUACGUCUGACAACAGUGCGAACUCAGCGCCAGCGCAUCGGAUGAGAUACAAAACAUGCGCGCACAUGUUUUGGACAGGGCAAUGGCAUUGACACUGUUCAUCGUGUGCUUGGAGGGAUAGUCCCGCCCCUCUGGAAACAUUGCCGGGCAAUGAAGUACCAGCUGUGUCUUCUGUUCCCGCUCGUGGUGCUUCUUUUGGCAGGUGUUUGCCGAGCUGUGAUCAUUCGACGCCUUAUCGUGCCGCGCUGGGUGCGCAAUGGGUCCGAGACGCCCGCCGUUCUCGACUGCGAGUACGUGUACAACGAGAACGACCUCAAGCUGGUCGUCAAGUGGUUCUUCAACGACGGCGCCGAGCCCGUCUACCAGUGGAUACCCGAGAUGGGGGUCCGCGAGGCGUUCGGAGUGCUGCGCCAACGCCUGGACGACACGUUCUCUGUCAGCUCUCGUGACGCGUACUCGCAGUACCGCGCCAUCCGCAUUCUGAGGCCCACCUGGGAACUCAGUGGCAAGUACACCUGCGUCGUCACCUCACUUGCUGGCCAGGACGCAAGGCAUCAGCACAUGACCAUCUUUGUGCCGGCAAAGACGUUUUCUUUUAACUACAGUAAUUCGCCGCCGCCACUUGACCGGCUUCCACGACCACAAUCACCGGAUCUCCCAUUGAGCCUUCAGUGCGUGGCACGGGGCACUUUCCCAAAGCCGGUGCUGACGCUGUUCCUACUCAAGGGAGGAAGAAGGAGACCCGCGACCGAGGCGGGCCUCCGAACAUUCACGACGGCGACAAUCGAAGACGGGCUCUUCGACGUUGCACUGCACGCUGACGCAUUCGAGGGUCAUGUCUCCUCACUGGCCGACCUCUUCGAAUGCGUGCUGGAGAUACCGUACAGCAACUAUAUGCUGACGCGCAGAAUGACUGUCGCUCACGAGCUUACCUGGGGAGCUUAUGGUGCAUCUAAAGCAUCACGUCUGCCCAUCCUGUCACUUUUUUACAUCGUCUUGAGCAUAAGCAUCUAUAUCGUUUCGGGGCCGCAUAAGAGGGGUGGAGGAGGAAGGAUUCACGAGACAACCCGCGCAUUCAGCAAGGGCCAGGGUGACACGUAGCGAAAUCCUGAAUCAUUGACGGUUAUUAUGACGUUGACUGUUGCCGUUUAAUGUUUCACGCGACCUUCGUAAAUUAUGAGCCUUUCCUCGAUCGGCUUUCACCGCUGGUGUUCGAAGCGGACGACAGGCCACGAAACAACAACGCGAAAAGGAUGACUUCAGCGCCAAAGACCCAAGUUGGACAAACUUUUGCUCGAGGUGUCAGUCCUGGAAGUGGCUGUCUGAGGCGGCACUCAUCAAUCUUCAUCGUUGAGGAUCUGACGCUGUCGCGCUGCGUUUCGGACUCGUCUUAAAACUGACGUGUGCAAGUGUUACGACAGCCAUUUAUCGAGUUUCGCAGACCCGUACGCUAAGCUCUAGCUCGCGCAAACUCUGCGGGAGUAAAUUAUUGCUUGCUUAGUUUGAGUGUUACGUUCGUAAAAAAAGACACCGGAAGACGAUGCCAAACAGAGCUAGCGAAUCAGAUAAAAUUCUUAAAACACCACACUUAGUGUUUCUACAAAUAAAAAAGGAAACUAUUUCUACCGACGGAGUCUCCCAAAGCUUCAAAUGUAGGCCGAUACGCCACAUAAUACAUUUUCAAAUAAACUUCCUCAAGACGACAAAACUCGAAACUGCCCGCAGCACUGGAUAUUUCUAAACCGCUAAUAUUUUCACGGGUACAGACAAAGCACGAUGGUGUUACGCGACGACACUGCCGCGAACUGAGUGAAAAAUAAUAUCAACUGUUGACUUCACAAUCACGUAAUUUAGCUUGAUGUUGACACGUGUACAGAAUGCAUAUUUUGGCGCUCUGUUUACAAAAUAAAUAAACCAUAAAGAAAAGUUACAUCUACAAUGGAGUUCCAGUUGUUUUUUGCUCUUGAACAAAAUUAACUUUGGGCUACCGUUGGUACGCAUCUCCUGCACGCGUACUAGCUUGCACAUUGCUUACUUCAGUAUUUCAAUGGUCAUUUCCAUUCCAUUCUGCAAGGUAUUGUUUAACACGAUAAGGGUGCGCUAAGAAGGACCUACAGGAAUGCUACAUUGGCCCCAAAAAUAUUUUGAAUGGGAACGCCAGUCGAUUAGGGCUGUAACUUUGUUUUAUAUAGUGAGUGCGACAUCUUCGCUUAGAAUGUGCC